UGGUGCAUGUUCAAAAAUUGGUAUGAUUCGGCAAAGUCAGUAUAUUAUUUAUCAAGUUCCACUGCAUAUUCAAAAUCAAAAACAAAUACAAAACUCAGUAAUUCAUAUGUGGGGUAAAUGUGGUUCUGUUGAAAAAGCACAAAAUGUAUAUAAAUCAGUUGAUGAUCGUGAUACAGUGACAUACACUGCAAUGAUUAAUGGAUUUGGACUUAAUGGAAUGGGUUCGGAAGCUAUUAAAUUACAUAGAGAGAUGCCGAAUAAUCUACGUAAUGAAGUUACACAUAUUUGUGUUUUGAAUGCAUGUUCUCAUUCGGGUUUUCUUCAUGAAGCUCAGAAUAUAUACAAUGAAAUACCUUUCAAAACAGAAAAAAUUGUUGCUGUUAUGAUUGAUUGUUUAAGUCGUUUGUUUUUAUUUGAUGAAGCACAAAAGUUGAUAAAUGAAUAUGAAAAGAAAAACUCACCUAAUUUUGUGAUGUAUAUGUGUUUACUAUCUGGUGCACGUAAUAAUCGCAAUAAUAAUUUAUCUGAAAAGAUAUAUAAUCGAAUGAAAUCUUUGUUUCCUGAUGCAAAACAAGGUCUUGUAUCAGGUGCAAUUCUUCUUGCGAACAUAUAUUCUUCUGUUGGUGAACAUCAACUGGCAAAGAACUUUCGAUAUAAUCAAAUAAAAGAAUUAAGAUCUAAAGUCAAAAUGGGAUUAUCAUGGACUUAUGUAAAUGGUGAAAUAGUGCAAUUCAAAGCUCAUGAUCAUUCACAUCCACGAUCAUCAGAAAUCUAUGCUGAACUUGAUCGUUUAACAGUUGAAUUAAAUGAACAUGAUUAUAAAUUUGAUUCUUCUUGGAUAACUCGUCAAUUACGUGAAGAAGAAACUAUCGAAUCAGUGUUGUGUGGUCAUAGUGAAAAAUUAGCAAUAGCGUAUAAUUUGAUUCAACGACCUCUUCCAGAUUUUAUCCAAAUUACUAAAAAUCUUCGAGUUUGCGGUGAUUGUCAUGAAGCUACGAAACUUAUAGCUAAAAUUCGUCAAAUUGAUAUUAUUGUUCGUGAUGCCAAUAGAAUCCAUCAUUUUCACAAAAACGGACAAUGUUCAUGCCAAAAUCAUUUUUAA